CAUUGGCAAAGGAAACUCUAGUUGAAAGCCAUCCAUAUUUUGAGGUCAGCUCUGCAUAUUUUGAGAGGUCCGCUCAACACAACUCACAAGUACUACUCCAACAGUCAGAGAUCAGUGUUUACUACCCAAAAUAGACUGUGAAAAUCCAAUUAAUGGCUUGAUCCACUGUAGCCUAAGCGACACACGCUUUAGGUUAGCAUGUCUGUUUUAAUCAACAGGGGAGCAUAUUGCAAGUAUGACAUUUUUUCACAUGCUGGAUAAGUACAGUAUAAGCGAGAACAAAUCAAAACCUGGAUAUGUUAUGUUUUUGUCACAAUCUUAUCAAAAGGAAUGACAUUGUCCCAAUAAUGCCUCAACCUGGGGACCUGAUUGAGAUAUUCCGGGGGACCUAUCAGCACUGGGCCUUGUAUGUUGGAGAAGGCUACAUCGUCCACCUCUGUCCCCCCACUGAGGCAGCUGGGGCUGGUGCCUACAGCCUAGUGUCUGUGUUGUGUGACACAGCCGUUGUGACCAAGGAGAGCCUGGAGGAGAUAGUGGGGAAGGACAGGUUCCUUGUCAACAACCUGCUGGAUGGCAAACACAAACCCCGGAGUGUUUAUGACAUACUGAGGGAUGCCCGCAGCCUGCUGGGCCUGGAGAUGCCUUACUGCAUCCUGAGGGGAAACUGUGAACACUUUGUCACAGAGCUGAGAUAUGGGAAGGGAGAGUCCCGGCAGGUAUAUUAUGCUCUGGGCGUAGGUGUUAGAGCAGUGGCGAUUGGCUUGAAGGCCCUGAAUGCAGCGUCAAACAUCUCUUGUGUGAAGUCAAAACAAAAGCGGAUACUCCUUUGAACCUUCGAGUCACCUUCCUCCGUCUACCUCUGGGGUGAAUGCAGAGAAAGCGGAUUUUUUUUUUUGACAGGGGGUAUAAUUCCCGACAUUUGGUAGGCUAUUUGUAAGUCAAUUAGUCUAAAAUUAGACACAUGCAUUUUCUUUUCUACCCUUCGCCUACUAGUUGCCCCCUAGAACAGGGUUUCCCAAACUUGGUCCUGGGGCCUCCCCUGGGUGCACAUUUUGGUUUUUGCCCUAACACUACACAGCUGAUUCAAACAAUCAAAGCUUGAUUAUGAGUUGAUUAUUUUAACCAGCUUUGUAGUGCAAGUGCAAAAAGGGGGGGUGGCACCAGGACCACAUUUGGGAAACCCUGCUCACCAGGAUAAUGUCAUAAAUUUAUAGAAUUAAUGUAUACAUUUCUAGUUGAGUGUGCCUCUUGUGAAAGAUAAAAUAUUUGCUAAUCUUAUUAAUUGGCCCCCUAGGAAAACUACAGCUUUUCAGAACAAUAAGAAGAUUGAGUGCCUAUCCUGUUGUCCUACGUAUUGUUACAGACAAUACGUAGGCCUAAAUAUGUGGUGUGAUUCCAUGCAUGAUUGUUGACAGAUUGUACAUGAUGAAUUUCUUAAUGUUUGUUUUAUUGACACAUGAAAUGGUAGCUUUUUGUCUAAUCACAUUAAACUGUAUGAU